GUACCACUAGCACUACCACCACUACCACCACUACCACCACUACCACCACCAGCACCACCACCACAAUAUGGAUACUAACACUCUAAAACAGUUCCUAUUCCAACUACCUCUUCAGUCCCGCUACAAAUUCGACAAAGAAGUCCGUCAACAAAUCCGGAAAGCACUUUUCUUAGCCGUUAGUCAUGAAGGCAAAUAUCUUAAUUGGUUAUUCCCUAAUGGGAAACUCGACAAUAUUGACAGUAUGAUUAAUAAAGUUGAAAGUGAAUAUGAAUGGCUAUUUGCUAACUACUAUAAACUUAAUUUAAAACGUCGAGAUGCUAAAUAUGAUACUCAUAAUCAUCAUGCAUUCCAUGCUAAUCUGCCAUGUGCUAGAAUCUUUAGAAAAGGUGAACCCAUAUAUCGAUGUUUAACUUGUGGAUUUGAUGAUACUUGUGCGUUAUGUUCGCAUUGUUAUCAUCCGGAAUAUCAUGAAGGUCAUAAAGUUCAUAUAACCAUUUGUCAACGAGAAAAUGGAGGAGUAUGUGAUUGUGGAGAUCCUGAAGCUUGGGUUAAAGAAUAUUUUUGUCCAUAUGCUGUUGAAGAUGAUGAAAGUUUACCAAUACGAGAUUCACAAAUGCCUCAAGAUUUAGAAAAUUCCUUUAUAAAAACCAUUGAAGUAUUAUUAGAUUAUGUUAUAGAUGUAAUGAGUCAAUCUGAUGCUCAAUUUGAAGAUCCAGAAGAGGCCAGUCAAUCACAAGUUGAAUUAAAAACCAUUAAUGGAUCCUUAAAUCCGACUAAAUAUGGAUUAAAUAUUAAUAUGAAUGAUAUUAAUAAUGAUGAAUAUUAUUUGAUUGUAUAUAAUGAUCAAAUUAGACAAUAUAGAGAUGCAGUACAAAGAAUUCAUUUAGCCAGUAAAAAAGUUAAGAAUUUUGCCGUAAUGAUUACUGAAAAAGUUCAAAAUUAUGGAAUGGCUAAAGUUAUAAGUUCUCGAGAUAUUAAUUUAUUACUUGAAAGACAAAAAAUUCUUAGUGCAACAGGUUUAGCUUCAUGUAUUAGAAGUCAUAGAGAUGUAUUUCGUGAAGAUAUGUGUGAUGAAAUACUUAAUUGGAUAUAUGAUUUAACUGAAAGUGAAAUGUUUAAAACCAAUAAUCGAGUCAAAAAUUUAUUCUGUCGAGCCUUUUGUGGGAAAUGGAAUAAUGGACUUUUAGUAAGUAGUAUAAAAUCUUAUCAAUAUAAAGUGGGAUCAUUAGAUCCUUCCUUAAAGAUUCCCAAAAUAAAUUGCUUUAAAAAGGCCCUGAAUCAUUGGUAUUUCCAUCCCUCCAAAUGGAAUUUACCCGAUGAAAUUUGUCAAGAAUGUGAUUAUAAUUUAACUGAAUCAGAUUAUGAUAUAAGUUCAUCCCAUCUUGGAUCUCGUCUACAAUAUUUUAUUUAUUUAGAUGUUAGAUUUUGGAAAUCCAUUCGAAUUUUAUUACAUGAUUUAUAUUCAACUUCAUUAAUAACUAAUUUAUAUUAUAAGAAUAUUGUAUCAUGUCAAUAUGUUGAUAUAUAUCCCACCAUUGCGGAUAUGUUUCUUACCAUGGAUAGAGAACCGGAAUUAAAUAUCAUGUGUACUUUAUCAACUCAAUUAUUUACUUGUCCAUCCAAUUCAACUUCCAUAGUUCAACAUGGAGAUAUUUCAAGAAUCUUUGCUUCAAUAUAUGGAUUCCUAACGGUGGAAGAAAUACGAUCACCAGAAGAAAUUGAAAUUACUCAUGAAAUAUCCAUGAAAUCUUUAAAGAAUAGACGUUGGGGACAAAUCUUUUUUGAUAUUGGAUACAUUUUAAGUCGGAGUCGAGAUUCUAAAUCCAUAUUAACUAGUAAUAUAAUCCCCAUGGCUUGUGAUAUCUUGGCACUUUUCCAAGGUAGACCUGUUAUGAAACGAGAAAAGAAGAAUCAUGUAGAAUAUGAAAGUCCGGAUUAUACAGCAUUCUUUCAUGCUAUACUGGUAAUAUAUCAAUUUGGAGAAUAUAUUGCUCAUUGUUUAUGUAAUUUAUGUGAUGAUGAAUUAAAGAAAUCCCUUUCAAAGAAUGCCAUAAAUUAUGUUAUUGGAUUCUUAUUAAAAUUAGAAAAUAAUGAUUAUCCUGGACUUAUGGAUGAUUCAGUAGAUGUAAAUUUAUCAUCAGAAAAAUCCAUUUCAAAGGAACCUAUUGGAGGAAAUAUAAUUCAACAUUUCCGAAUCGAUGAAGAAAAAGUUAGUUUCUUACAUCCCAUCCAUUCAUUUUUAAGUUGGUUAAUUGAAUUACUGGAAUUUCAAUCACCUUCUGAUUUGGUAGAUGCACUAGAAUCUUCAUCAAAGUCAAAGAUUUGUCAUGGUCAACAAAUUGAAAUCGAUUUAGCCAAUCCUUUAACUUGUAUAUUUGAUUAUCCUAUAAGAACUAUAGUACUUAUGUCACAAAUUAAAUCGGGAUUUUGGGUAAGAAAUGGAUUUAGUGUAAGAUCUCAAUUACAAUUGUAUCGUAGUACCGGACUUCGAGAGAGUGGAUAUAUGAGAGAUUUAUUCUUAACUCAAGUAUUUAUUAAUUCCAAUAGUCCCAAUUUAGUGUGUUACUUAUUAUUUAGUCGGUGGUUAUUAAUGGAUGGAUGGAUUAAUGAAGUUUCUAUUUCUACCACCACCACCACCACCACCACCACUCCUUUGGUAUAUGAUCUGAAAACUUUACCAUACAUGUUGGAAGAAUGUAUGAAUUUCUUCAUCCAUAGUCUAACGGAAGAUUUAUAUCUUCGAGGUCUUAAGGAUGAAGUAGUUAAUCGACUUCGAAUUAAACAUGAAAUCAUUCAUAAUUUAUGUUUUGGACCUAUGAAUUAUACUAAGAUGUGUUCGCAAAUCCCUGAUCAUAUAACUUCAGAAAAGAGAUUCGAUAUAAUUCUUACGGAAAUGACGGAUUUCGUACCUCCCAAGGGGGCCAGUGAUAUAGGAGUUUAUCAUUUAAAAGAAGAGUAUCUUGAUGAAAUAAAUCCUUACUAUUUUAAUUAUACAACUAACACUAAAGAUGAUGCCAUUAAAUUUGUUAAGGAUCGAAUACGGAAAAGAAUUCGUAAACCAUAUUCGGAAAUCGUUAUUGAACCGAAAUUAAGAAGUCCUCAAGAAUUAGGAAAUUUCCGAUACAUUGGGAAUUUCUCUGCUUCCACAUACUUUAGUGAUUUCUUAAUUAAAACUUUACAAUAUAUUAAAGCCGAAGAAAUUGAAGCUGAUAGUUUAUUGGAAACUGCCUUACAUUUAAUUCAUAUUUGUGCGUUUGAAAAUACUGUGGAUAUGCAACAAUAUGGAUCAUUUUAUGAUCGAUUUGUCAAUGUAUCCGAUGUUCAUAAAACUUCAGUAGCAGUCUUAUUGUAUGAUUUCUUAAAUAAUGAUAUCUUUAAGAAUCAUCAUUCAAAAAUUCGAUAUAUCCUCAAGGUAUUUGAAGAUAAAUAUCAAACUCUUAAUAAGAUAUUGAAUGAACAAAUCGAUUCAUUUGAUAUUAUAAAAGUGAAUUUAAAUACCAAUGAAUGUGAAGAUGAAAAUGAUUAUGAAAAGAAGAAACGAAUUGCUCAAGAACGUCAGGCUAAAUUAAUGGCUAAAUUUAAAAAGAGACAAUCAUCAUUCUUAAAGAAUAAUCAUUUUGAACCUAAUGGCAGUGAUAUUGAAAUGGAAGAUUAUGAAGAAGAAAAUGGCUGGAGGUUUCCGGAGGCUCAUUGUUUAUUAUGUCAAAAUGCAGCGGAUGAAAGUCCCUUUGGAAUUAUGACAUAUAUCACUAAAUCUUCGGAAUUUAGAACUAUCCCAUUUGAUGAUAAGUAUUGGUUUGUUAAAUCCUUUUCCGAUGGACCUAAUUUAGAUGAUGGAGAAGAUUCCACUACCAGCACUGACAUUAAAUCCGAUAAAUGGAAGAGUUAUAUGCAUAAAGUGAAAGAAAGUAAUGUGAUUGGGCCUGGAUUCUCUCAUCAAGAUCAUGUGGAUAGUAAAUUAGUUUCUGUAAGUUGUGGUCAUGGAAUGCACUUUCUGUGUUAUAUGAAUUUUGUUAAUUCUCGUAGUAAUCUGAUUCAAAUUACUAGAAAUACUCCAGAAAAUAUCGAACAUAAGGAAUUCAUAUGUCCAUUAUGUAAAGCCAUUAAUAAUCUGUUUAUUCCUAUAAUUUGGAAUCGAAAUAAUCGAAGUUUACAAAACUUUUUACAAUUGACUCCAUUAAAUACUUUAGAAACUUUAAAUCCCAAAAUCGUUCAUGAUAUUCAAUGGUAUAAUCGAUUUGAACAAUGUUAUAAAGAAGAUGUAGAAAAAUUAUCGAUCUUACUGUCUGUUGAAAAGGAUACGAUAUUUCUGAAUUUAGAUGCAAGAGGAAAUAACGAAAUAAAUACUCGUCAACAAAAUUUUAAAUCUUUAUUAAGUAAUAUGUUUCAAAUCCUUUCUUGUUUAACUUUCCCACAAAUUUUUAAACCAGAUGCCACAUUUAUAUUGGUUAAUACCGUAAAAUCCCUUGAAAUAUCUCUUCGAGGUAUCCCUAUAAAGGAACAACUUGUAAUUAAUCAAAUUUCCAAUAAAUCAUUAAUUAAUUUAAGAACUUUAAGUGAAUUUCGAAAUUCUUCAAUUCUUAUGAAAGUUAAUAAUUGGUUACAAGUUCCAAACCCCGGCAGUGAUGUAUAUUCCAAAUCUUUAGCUAAAUUAUUUUCAUUAUCUACUAUUCAAAUGAAUACUAGUAUAUUAGAAUCGGAUUUUCUUGAUACUUUAGUUAGUAUAUUACCUACUCCAUCAGCGGGAUUUUCAUUUAAUACUAUAUUAAAUGGAUGUUUAGUAGGUCAUAUAAUUCAAUCUUUUCAUAUUAUAUGUAAAGAAAUUAUUGCUCAUGAUUAUUAUAAGAGUGCUGAUUUUUCUAUAGUAGAUAUCCCUAUUCUACAAGAAACUAUCGAUCCAACCGUGGCUAAAUCUUUAAGAAUUAUGUUUAGAAAGUUUAAAAUCAUUUAUGAUACUAAUGAUGAAGAUAAUAGUAAUAUAAUUAAUGAUGAAAGAUUCAUAUUAGUAUUAUAUUCAAUGAUAAUUAAAGCCACUACCCCAUUUUUAAGACGAGCAGCUAUUUAUUCCUUUGUUCAAUGUGCCAAUUAUGAUGGAUUACAAUUAUCAUAUCCUAAUAUUAAUUUAGAAGCUGAUAGAUUAAGUCAAUUCUUAAAUGUAAAACUUGUAAGUGAAUAUUUAGAUCAAUUCACUAGUCAAGAUAAAUCUUAUGAAAGUAAUGUAUUUAGUGGAUUUUUAUUAUAUUUAAGAAGUGGGAAAUCCAAUAUUGAACCUUUAAGUAUUAAACGAAUGGAAUAUCCCGGGAUUAUUAAAUUAACUGAAUUACCUGAUCGAUUAGAUUUCUUCUUUACUAAAUAUUAUUAUCUGGAUAAGUAUAAUAAUCCUCAUAUGUCAAUUGAAGAUCCAGCUGUUUGUUUAUUCUGUGGAGAAGUGGUUGAUAUUCAAAAAUCAGCUAUUGGAUGUAAUGAAGGUCAAUGUACUACGCAUUAUUUAAAAGAAUGUGCUAAUAAUGUGGGGAUAUUUUUAUUACCUAAAGAUCGAUCAUUAUUAUUACUUCAUAAGAAUGGAGGAUCAUUUUAUAAUGCACCAUUCUUAGAUCAACAUGGAGAAUUACCAGGAGGAGAACCUAAGAAGCCCAAGACACUUUAUUUGAUGAAGCCACGAUAUGAUGAGUUUAUGAGGAAUGUUUGGUUACAGCAUAAUGUGCCUAAUGUUAUAGUACGUAAUCUUGAGAGUGUAAUGGAUAUGGGAGGAUGGGAUACGUUGUAGUAUAAAUUUAUUGUAUAUGUAUAAUAUACAUGUAUAAUAUGUAUAGUAUAGUAUAUGUAAUGAGUAUGUGUAUAGUAUAUGUAAUGAGUAUGUGUAUAGUAUAUGUAUACCUAUAACAUGAUUUACUGUGUAAUACUAUUUAUAAAAGUGUGUAUAGUAUUAA